AUGGAUUCCGAAGGUAGACAAGUGGUUGUAUGUGAUAACGGUACUGGCUAUAUCAAAUGUGGCUAUUGUACAUCGAAUUUUCCUGAUUAUCAUUUUCCAUGUAUGGUCGGUCGACCUCUGAUUCGUUCUCGAGCGAAAGUAAAUAACAUCGAAGUUCAAGAUAUCAUGGUUGGCGAUGAAGCACAAGCUGUUCGACAAACGCUUGAGAUAAACUAUCCUGUUGAGAAUGGGAUUGUGAAUAAUUGGGAAGACAUGAACCAUAUCUAUUCGUAUUUGUUCGGUCCAAAGAAGAUGAAUAUCGAUCCACGCAAUGCAAAAAUUCUUCUGACAGAAGCACCAUUAAAUCCAGUGAAAAAUCGUGCGAAAAUGUUAGAAGUUAUGCUUGAACGAUUCCAGUUUCAUGAAUGCACAUUAGCAUAUCAAGCUAUAUUAACUUUAUAUGCUCAGGGAAUUUUGACGGGUGUGGUCGUGGAUAUUGGUGAUGGUGUGACACACAUUUGUCCUGUCAUUGACGGGUUUUGUUUGCAAAAUUCAAUUGCACGUCUUAAUAUUGCCGGAAGAGACAUAACAAGAUAUUUAAUUCGUCUAUUACUUCUUCGCGGAUAUGUGUUCAACCAAUCGGCUGAUUUUGAUACAGUUCAACAAAUCAAAGAGAAACUUUGCUAUGUUGCCCAUGAUGUUGAGGAAGAACGAAAGUUAGCGGUUGAUACGACCGUACUAGUUGAAAGCUAUACAUUACCCGACGGUCGAACAAUCAAACUAUCGGGUGAACGAUUCGAAGCGCCUGAAGUUCUCUUCCGCCCAUCUCUAUUAGGUCUCGAUGUCAGCGGUGUUGCCGAACAAGUAUUCAAAGUCAUUAAUAGCGCGCCAAUGGACGAUCGACGCAAGCUUUACCAACAAAUUGUUUUGAGCGGUGGUACAACAAUGUAUCCCGGAUUUGGCACCCGACUCGAACGAGAAUUGGAGAAACUCUAUGAAGAACGAAUAUUGAAAGGAAAAUCGGAAAAGCCAGCAAAAAGCAUCAUUCGCAUCGAAGCACCACCUCGACGCAAAAAUAUGGUCUUUUUGGGCGGCGCUGUGUAUGCAAAUCUAGUGAAAGAUAUUCCAUCUCAAUGGGUAUCCCGACGUGACUAUGAAGAAGAAGGAUAUACAAUGUACAAACGAUUACGUUGUGCAUCCGUGAUACUGAUCAUUUUAGGGAUUGGUUUUACCAUUGGUUCUAUCCUUUUACUAGCACUUGGUAGUUCAUUAAUUGACAAUUCCGUGAAAAAACAAAGUGAACUGAAACAAGGAACGUUUCUCUACGAUGCAUGGCGCGAUUCUCCGGUGCCGUUAUACAUAUCUAUAUAUGUAUUUGACCUAACUGAUACAGAUUUUCUAAAUGGAAGCUCUAAACCACAUAUAAGACAACGUGGACCAUUCGUUUAUAAAGAGGAAAGAAAGAAAACCAAUAUACGAACUUAUAUCAAUGAAACUAUAUCCUAUCAAGAAACACGAACGUAUACAUUCGAACGUGAGCGAUCAGCGGAGCCUGAAAAUACGAAUAUUACAACAAUGAAUAUUGUGUACAUGACAUUAGUCAAUUACCUUCAAAUGGAAAAUGUUCCAGCUAUAGUUCGACGUAUGGUCGGAGAACUGCUAAGUGUUCAAGAAAAGCCAAUUAUGCAGCAUUCAGUGAAGGAAUUCCUCUGGGGUUAUCAAGAUCCAUUGCUACAUACAUUAAAAAAGGAAUUUCCGGAGAUUGUCACGACCGAUCAGGUCUCUGCUUUUUACGCAUCGGUAGAACAAGCUGGUUCGAAUAUAUUUUUGAUCAAUAAUGGCGUUGGUUCCGAUUCAAAUCAUCGCGAGCGGCUAAAUGACGUUGGUAAAAUCGAACGAUUUAAUUUCGAAACGCAUCUACCCUAUUGGUCAAAUGAUUACGCAAAUAUGAUCAACGGAACAGAUAGUACAAUAUGGCAUCCCAACGCACGCCGGGAUGAACGAGUCUAUUCGUAUAUUUCGGAUAUAUGUCGAUCCAUUUAUCUUGAAUAUAAUGGAACAUAUACGAAUCCAUUUAAUAUUGAAACAUAUCGUUAUACACUACCGUAUACUGUCUAUUCGAACUCGACAGAUAAUGAAGGUUUUUGUUUGAAUCAUGCCAAAGCAAAUAAAACGCAUGAAUUGGAAUGCUUACCGAGUGGUUUAUUUUCAUUGAAAUCAUGUAUUCACUUGAGCGGAGGAACAUCGGCACUUCCAUUACCAAUUAUUGCAUCGAGUCCACAUUUUCUAGAAGCAGACACUGCAGUGCAAAAAUCUGUCGAUGGUUUAUCGCCUGAUGGAAUCAAACAUCGAAGUUUUGUUGAAAUCGAACCUCGCACAGGCAUCGUCAUGAAUGGUUCUCGGCGAUUACAAAUAAAUAUCAAUGUUGUAAACGAUUCAAGCAUAGAUGCCAUAGCUCAUGUGAAACCAGUUGUCUAUCCAAUGUUAUGGGUGGAUGAGCAUUCGGAAAUCGAUAAAGCAAAUGCCGAUAAAUUUCAUAACAAAGUCACAACACCAAUUACAAUUAUGAAUGUAACUAAAUACGUAAUGCUCGGUGUCGGCAUCACUUUGAUGGUCAUUGCCGUUGUUUUACUUGUUUAUGAGAGACAUAAAAAAAACAUGUCCGGUGAUGCUUUUCCGCCCCAAAAUGAACAAAGAUAUUUUGCUGAUAACUACAGUACAAUAAUCAUUAACGAAUGUCUUGGUCAUAUAUGUUCCACCAGUUGCUGUUUAGGACAUUGCUUAUACGGCUCCAACCAUCAGAGAGGAAUAACGUCAUUAUCCAUUGUAACAGACAAAGUAUUUGCAGAAGUGCAUGAUAAUAGUUUAUAUUCCAUUGAUAACGAUUGA